GGUUGACAGCCUCCAGGAUGUUUUUCAAGAUGCUCCCAGAUGGCUGACAAUACUUUACUUUGAAGAAAUUUCCUUUAUCGUGUCGGCAAGCUGUAACUCUAAUUAAAAAAUGUCCGACUACCCAGUGCUGUUAAACGUCUAUGACAUGUACUGGAUAAAGCAAUAUACUUUCCCCGUUGGUCUUGGUGUGUUCCAUUCAGGAGUAGUUGUACACGGGAAAGAGUAUGCAUUUGGAGGACAUCCAUACAACUGGUCAGGAAUAUUUCAAAUGAAUCCAAAAUCGCCUGAAGUUUUAGGAGAGGAAUUUAAAUUCAGGGAAACUAUAGAAAUUGGAACAACAAACCUUAUACCCAGUGAAGUAGAGGUUCUCUUGAGAAGAAUGGGAAAUUCAUAUCAAGGACGUUCUUAUCAUCUCAUAGACAAGAAUUGUAAUCAUUUUACUUCAGAAUUUUGUCAGGCUUUGUGUAACAAAUCAAUUCCUGGCUGGGUGAAUAGAUUAGCAUCUGUUGGUUCAUAUUUGCCAUUUCUCCUUAAAUGUCUUCCAAAAGAGUGGAUACGUCCUGAGCCUUAUUCACCGGUUGGAAGCCCUGGCUAUGAGUCACGCCCGUUUGAUGAUUUAUCAACAUUGGAUGAAGAUAGUCAAUGCAAGUCCAAACAUAGCUGAUGAGUAGAACAGGAAACAUCCUAAAGCAUUUUCUUACAAAUACAUCAGGAAUUAAACUAGUUAGCUGUUAUUAUUCCUUAUGAUAGGGCCAAGAAAAGGCUACAAAGAAAAAUAACUUUAGUCACAAAGCAAAGGGAACGAUUAGUAUACAUGUUACACUUAUGUCACUGUAACCAUAUUCAAACCUGAAUUUCAAAACUGGUGACAUGUUGCAAGAAUAGGAAUGGUGAAAAGGUGGCUCAUAUAAUUGAUAGGAAAGGAUAAAAUAAUAAUACCCACCAUUUCAGAAGAAUGCAAUGUAAAUAGGAAUUUCAGUUUUCUACAAAUUUAUUGUUAGAUGGUCACUUUUCUCUAGAAAGAUAUUUCUGCAUGUUUUCCACCUUGUUUCCUAUUUCAUUCAUUUGUAAUGCAUUUUUCUUCUUCCUUCUCAUUAUUUCCCUUUAUCCAAAGAAUGAUUUUCAGUUAUUUCU